UUGGAAAGGAAGCAGAAGCAGUUAUGGAUAUUUCAUGUACAGCGACACCUUCCAGCUUAAAGAUGACAACAGCUACAAUGUCACCACCAGCAUAUUCAGGGAUGAUGAAUGUGUGCAGUGGAACCAAACACUUGUCCCGUAUGUUGAGCCCGGCCAGUUCUCCCUGGACAAUAAGACACUUUCCGACGGAUUAGACAUCUAUACCGUGAGAGUGACAGCCACCGACUACAAUCAGUUUGCAAUGAUGUAUGCCGUGAUAAAGUUCGAAAACAUAGUGUAUUUCCAGACCAAACUCAAUGGGAGAACCAAGAAGCUGAACUCUGAACUGAAGCAGCGCUUCUCGGAAUUUUCCAAGUCUCUGGGCCUCACUGAUGACAACAUCAUCUUCUUUGAGCCUAUCGAGGAAUGUAUCUGAUGCAUGAACAGGCAGUGCCUCCCGCACCAUAUCCCUGUUUUCUCAGUCAUUUCUGCGCAAGGUGCCAUCUGGAUGCCCACCCGCUGUCCUGCCAGUGAGAGAGCCAGAAGACCCUUCUUUUAGUGCGUGCUGGCCACCCAGGCACUGCAAAAGCCACCUGCGUGUGGAGUUCUCUUAUGUGCUAAA